UCCCAAUUCUAGCCACCAUACUUCUGACCAGUGAACAACUGCGGUUGUCCGCUCAAAUUUGAACCGUUUGAAACGUUAGAAGCCGGCAGCUAGUUUGCGUCGUUGUUAGUAAGCCAGAUGGAAGUCGCGAUGCAGGACGAAGAGAAGAAUGUCGAGGAAAGCGCGGACGCAACCGGCGCUCGUAAGCGACGCUUCUACAAGUUCGGCGAACGCGUCAGCAUGGAGGAAGGUCAACGCAUUGAAUUCAAGGCACACAAGCUCAUGGCAAUCGAAGAGCUGCCGCCGGCUUGCCAGGACCAGCACUCUAAGCAGACCAUCUCAAGAACUAUCUGUGCCUUCUUGAACACUGGAAGAGGUGGGACUAUUUUUCUGGGAAUCCUUGACAAUGGUGAUGUCAACGGUCUCCAUCUCACAGAAUACCAAGAGGAAAAACAGUAA